UUUUUUAUGCUGAACCUCACGAGCGAUGAAUGAUGCACCAGAUUUCCUGUAGCGGUGAAUAGAGAUGAAAAGAUUCUCCAGAUAUUUGGAUCGCUCAGGCAGGAAGGCUGUCCUGCACGCUGCUCCAUUCCUUGCCUUCCUCGUAAUUCAAUAUUUACAGUUUAGGCUGAAAACGGCUCCCUCUCGGCCCUCCUGGAUCCGGUAUCCAUGGCAGCAGAUUGGAGAGCAGAGGGCCUUCUUCGUGUGUCUGUGUGUGUGUUUCUGAGAGGGUAAUCUCUGCUGAUACACUGCCAUUGAUUGGUUGUUAGGGAGCAGCUGUUGACCCCUCGAUCUCUGGGGUCUCUUUGUGCUUUCACACACAUCCCAGAUCAAUGCAUGUGAUGAUACACACACACAUGACCGCACACACCUGAUUUGCUAUUCUAGCAGUAUUUCAGAGUCGUUUUCAAAAUGAUCAAAAUCAACCUAAAUUUUAAUGUGGCAUUAAUUUAGAGUUAAAUCCCCGUGGCUUUAUGGUUUUAUGACCAUAUUGGAACAAAUGACUUAAUUUAUUUGACAUAAUUAAAAUAGUUUCAGAACCCCUAAGGCUCCAGAACUUAGGAGCAAUUUUAAAUGCUGCCAUUUAAAAAUUAUCAUCAGAGUUAUUUUUAGACAUCAGGCUCUUGUGAAAGAAGUAGUAAAAUUCACAAAUAUACAUAUACAGUAGAUCAUAACACAAUGCACAAUGCAGUGAUUUGCAAAUGUAAUGAUACCCUGGUUACGUUGGGACCACAAAUUUCAAUAUACUUCACUUGGAUUAUAUGUGAUAGAAAACACAUAAGUAGUACAUAAUUGUGAACUGGAAUACAAAGGACACAUUUGUUACAUGUGAAACUUUGAAAAGGCUGUAUUUGGUGCCCAGACUCAUCUUUGUAGAAGUACAUUUAGUUACAAUUAUUACACAUGUCUUUUGGGGUAUGUUUCUACCAGUUUUGCACUUCCACAGGAAGGAAAAUGUUGCCUUUCUUCUUUGUAGAAUAGCUCAAACUCAGACAGAAUGGAUAAGUUAGGUCAGUACAGUUUUCAUGUCAUGCCAUAGAUUCCCAAUUGACUAGGAGUGGACCUUUACUGGGUCACAGGAUGUGCUUUAAUCUGAACCACUCCAUUGUUGCUCUGCCUGCACAUUUGGGUUUGUUGCUCUUCUUGCAGCAUUGCCCAAUAUUGAGCUCCAUUCACCAGCUUCUCUUUCCCUGCUGAAGAAAAGCAUCUCCACAUCACGAGGCUUUCACUACCGUUUCACUGUUUCAGGGUGAUUCGGUAUUUGUCACAGUGAAAGAGCACCUGAAUGCGGUCAGGAGGAGGAAUCAUAGUGAAAGGAUAAUGUUUAAUAAAGUCAUUAUGUCAAGCACCAUGGAAGGAGUAUAAAAUGGAAGAACAAACAUGACAAAACCUGAAAGCAAAUCGAAGGAUAAACACAGUGGAGGGAGAUUACUGGAGCGGCACUCAGGUGGGUCUAACUGACUGCAAGUUGCAGGUUUGGGGAAAAACAAGGAUAUACAGAGAACUGAUGGAAAACUGAAAAUGAAUGUCUGGUAAACACAAAAGGGAAACACAGGGAACCCACUAAACAGAAUAAUUUCAAACAAAAAUUGGCAAAACUUCCAGUGUAUAUCCUUUUGGUUGUUUUUGUGAUUAGAGUAUGAUAAGUAUUUAUUUCAUACACGAUAAUUGAAACCAUUACAAAACUCCAGAGGCUCUAAUGCAAUAUAGAAAUAUGGAGAAAUGUUAGAUAUAUGCCAUUUAAUGGUAUAUAUCUAACAUCAUAACAAGCAUAAUUCGUUAAAAAGGAAGUGAAAUAAGUAUCUAAAGGGAUUCAAAACCGGUCAUGUAUUUAUAAAUAGAACAUUUAGUGAUGUUUGUAAAAAGCUGUGAAAACACUUCCUUUGAAUCAGAGACUGCAUCCAUCUAAGCACACAAACACACGAGGUUUGUGAAUCUGGUGUAUCUCAGCAGGGGAAGUGAAAAGUAUCAGCACACGGGCUGCUGAUGGCACUGCAGAUUUUUAACUACAAGCUUGGAGUUGAGUGUUUACCUACUACUGACUUCAAAGAGCCUCCACCCUAAUGAAACAUCUCUCUGUGGGCGUUCUGCACAAACACACGCAUACAUGCACAGGGCUGGGCUGAGGAACUGCUUGCAACUGUGGCUCACCAAGGGAAAAAGGUCGUGUGAGGUCAUUUGCAUGGCUUGUCAGUGCUAAAGCAGGUUUCCAACGCAUGGAAGGUCAGGUUUUGCAUGGGUCCGUGAUGCAAACCGAAGCUCUGAUAGCGAUGGAACAACUGCAGCUCGUUCACGGUGGUUUGAUGUUGAGUUUUCCAUCCUCCUUUUUUAUUCUGACAUAUUAAGGGGAAAUCACCAGCACUCACAUGCAUGCACACAACACCCACGCAUCAACAGAGCCUCUUAAGUCUCCCUCCAUUCACCAGCUCGGCCCCACGCGAACGCCCACCUUGUUUUACUCUGAAUAAAACGUGUGGGCGAUGUGAGAUGUUGCAGCUUCUGUCUUACUGGGCACACAAGAUAAAUUGGAAGGAAGUGUCCUGAUGCUGUCAGAUCUCAUCUCUGCACGUCAUCCCAGGAGUGCAAACUAUUUCCUGUUAAGUCAAAGGUGAUCAUUUUAUUUUUAGGUUAACUCAUCCGUUUGCAGGAGGUGUUAAAAGUCAAAACGCCCCCUUGGGGUACGCACACAUAGAUAGUAAGAUUUGUUAUCACUCAUCAAAGGUCUGUUUCGUCGUCUCCUUGAAGGGAGUAAAGUUGAACCAUUUAGUAAUCCUGUUUGAAUUUGUUUGGAGGUGAAAGAAUUUUCUCCAAAGAGAUGAGUCUCUAAUCACUUUAUAAGACCACUGUAGACCAGUAGGCUGGUGGUCUAUUUUGCUUUGUGAUGUUUAAUCUGCUCUGAGCUGCAGGAUGGUUUCUGGACUCUCUUCUGUCCAGGAUAUGCUGUUCUCCUGUCAGCAAAAUAUGAUUUAGCAUUUUAAUCAACAAGUCUCUGGAAAAGAUGAGAUCCAGAAGGCUGAAUGAAAAUGUCUUUGACAUUUUUGUAAUUCAACUUUGCACCAUAUUUUCAGCAUCUGUCCAUUAACUCCUUAAAAUAUGUUUUUAUCAGCUAUAAAGCUGUACACUUUAGAAAGAUUGGGUUGCUGGAUGAGGAUCAGGGGUAAGAAGUAAAACAGGAUUUAGUUCAAUCGUUGAUUUUGCUUUUUAGCAACAAACAAAUGCCCAUUAAGUAUAGUGGAGGUUCUGUGAUGCUAUGGGCCCCUAUUUCCUCCAAAGUUUAAAAUAUUCAUAUAACAUACAUUUAGAUUUAUGGUUGUAGUGAGAGAAAAUGUUGAAAAGUUUAAAAGAUUUUAAUAAAUUUACUUAAUUACUGACUGUUUUUUUUGUGAAUGUUAGAAAAAUUAACUUAUUUGGCAUAAUCAAAUUGUUUCACUUCUAUCCGAGCUAUUUUCGGUCAAUUUAUGAAAUUCAAAACCAGAAUAUUUUUUCAUAAUUACUCCUUUAAACGUGUACGUUUUUUUACUUCCUUACUCUGCAAUGUUCAUGCAUAUAUAUUAACCAGCUGAAGUAAUAUUUUUUUCUAUUACUCAGAGCCUUUCUGUAGAUGCAUGUUGUGCGUCUGCAGAGAAAAGCUUGAGCCCCUCCUCUCAUUUCCAUUACAUUAAACUAUCAGAAUGUCUCUAUAAGCUGUCCCCCUUGGAGAAAACUGGUGAAAAGCAGGUGGACACAGAAACGAGGGACGUGCAGAGGCUGUUUGCAGCCAGAAGGAGGCGAUCUCGCUCCUCCUCUUCCUCGUUCUCCUCCUCCUCCUCCUCCUCUGCUCUGGUCGGCUCAGCUUGGCCAGAGCUUCCAGUCUGCUGGGUGAGAUCAUUACCAGACACCAGGCUCCGGGACCUGACAUUCACCGAUUGGAAAAGCAAAGCGAGAGAGAGGCACACAGGCUCAGAGAGCGAGAGAAAGCCUUGAUCCAGUGCAGCCGGCGACCUAAAGCGAGCUAACCCGCGGUGUGCAGCCUCAGCUCCCCGGUCCUCCGCUGCACGGACACGGCUCAAAGCGCGCUCUGUUGUCGCAGAAAGUCUUUUCCCCCCUCGUUUGGAUUUUUGGCUUGUAGUCGGAUGCGGGCUGCUUGUUUUGACUGCAGUAACAGAGCUGCUCCCCCUCCUUCUUCUUCCUCUCCUCCUCCUCCUCCUCCCCUCCUUCCAGCCGAGUAGCGGAUUUGCGAGGGAUCUCAGCGCCGACUCACCAGCGAUCCCGCAAGGCACCGGGACACGCUCUCUGCACCGCUGCGGCUCUCCGGCUGCUCCCGCCUGCAGGAGACCCCGAUCGGUUCUCCUUUCUGGCAGAACCUGGACACGACCGCCAAGUUUCCUGCUGGAUUCUUCUUCUUCUUCUUUCUUUCUUCCCCCCCUUAAUCUCUAUUUUUUUUUUUUUUUUGCAACCUCGAUUCUCAUCGGAUCGCCCGCAAGUCCUAUUUCCCCCCUCGCUCCUCUCUUUCCAACGCGCUGUUGACGCCAUUUUCCCCGGGGUUUUCUGUCAGAGAAAAAUCCAUCCACAUUUACUCCCCGGCACCGUUUGACAGCUCCCCGGGAGGCUGUCAUCCCAUCCGUCGCUUGUGUAAAAGACGUGUCUUGGCUAAAUGGAUUGUAAAUGAUCUUGAUGAAAUAUUCACACGUUAGAGCCGACUGUGUGACAACAUUAGACAUGGAUUGUCCCUGGCUUCGCUGCGUUCCUGUGGGACAACAGACGCAGUACCAGUAGCUGACUGACAGCAGCAAGCAGCCCACCAGACCCCUGCGCUGAGUCUUCCCAUUGGCCGACUGCCAGAGCUUCGCCCCCCCCAUCCUGACUGGCUCUGGCGGGAGUGUGGAUGGAGCCGAGGGACCUGGUUGGCUCAGCCCGACCCAAAGAGGCGGACCUUCGGGGAGGCAGGGCAGGGCCCAGCGAGGAGCAUCAACUGGCGGCGGGAGGCGCCGGGCCGGUGCACGGCGAUGACGUGAUUAACGGCGCUGCCAGUGAGGGGGAGGGGCUGGAGGAGCAAGGGGAGGGGCUUAUGGAGGAGCAGGAGUUCUCCAUCAAGGAAGCGAGUUUCCAGGAGGGAAGUCUCAAGUUGAAGAUCCAGACCACCAAGCGCACCAAGAAGCCGCCCAAGAGCCUCGAGAACUAUAUUUGCCCGCCAGAGAUCAGGAUGACCAUCCGACCUCCGGCUGGAGAGGGCAAAGGGGGGCGACAAGGGCGGACAGGAGGCGGGGCAGGAGCAGGGCGGGGCCCCAAGGACGAAGAACGAGGUCCCCCGAGAAAAAGGACUUACGAGCGCCAGUUCAGAAUGCCUGACCAGAGAGAGGGGGGUCUUCUGCAGCUACUGGGUGAUCCCGCUCCACCCAAACACCAGCCGCGCGGCGCUCUUCUCUCCAACGCCCAGCAAACGCAGCAUGGCCUCACUCAGAAGUUCCAGCACAGUCACACGCAGCAGCACCAAAUAGGUCCGGAUUGGAUCACGUCUGGGGCAGCUUUUUCCUCGCCGGGCCAACCGGCUGGCAUUGAGUCAUCUGGAGACUUGGCGGGAGGGAGCAGAGGCUCAUCGCUCGACGCGACGCAGCCUUACUCCCGGGCGGCGACUUCAAGCCCGUCUCCCCAGAGAUCCAUGACUCCGGACCUGCAGCUACCGGUGGUCACAGACGCCAGCAUUCUCAACCUCACAUCACUGAGCAGGGGAAAGGGUUUGCAGGAGGUCAGUGAACAGCUCUUUGGAAACAUCAAGAGGAAGUAUGGAAGGAAAGACUCUCAGAGGAUGUUCGCGAACCCCCAGAGCGCUGAUGCACCUUGGGGAAGGCAGUCGGAAAGGGAGUUGGAGAGCCCUGCUAACUCUGAAGAGAGGCAAAGAUACAGGCAAGAGGGGACGGCUGAGCAGUUCCAGGAAGCAAGGGAGGAACGAAGGAAAGAUGAACGAGAACAAGCAAACAUCGGGAGGAGAGGCGAUGAAGAAGAGAGAGGAAUGCCUGUGCAGGCAGAGGACGGGAAAGGAAGAAAAAGGCGGAGGAGGCCUUCAUUUGAUGAGUCGUUUUCCAUGGAGGAGCGGUCCCAGCAGCAGACUCUGGAUACUCCAGAGAAGCCCCCGGCUGGACCCCCAGAACCUAAAAUAGCGCACAAGAUAGAGGCCCACAAAAGCGAUUCUCGACUUUCAAGUCAGAGGGACAGCAGUACAGAGAGGGUAGAAAAGGCAGAAAAAGCUGAUAGGAGGGAUAAAGCAGAGAGGGCAGAAAGAGGAGAGGCAGCUACAUGCGGACCUGACCAGGAAACCGAUCUGAACUCCAACAGGGUGAAGAAAAACCCGGUGGGCCGACCCAAGAGCCUCACAGACUCCCUGAAACUCAGAGAGGCAACAUACAAUCAGAUCAACAAACCCAGUCUUGGCAUGAACCCCAGACUCCCUAGCCCCAGCUCUAGAGUUAGCUUGAGUCCGACGUCCAGUCCUAAAUCCAGAAUUAACAUCAGUCCAAGUCCAAGUCCCAGACCCAGAAUGGACCUGAGUCCCAGUCCCAGUACUGGGGGCAGCCCUGCAGCCACUUCCAGGCCGACCAAGGCCAACGAAAGGUGGUCCUACCUGAAAGCUAAGAGUCAUACGAGUCUCACCUCUCCUCAGAGAGACAGCAUGGGCAGCCCCUCUGCUCUGUCAGAUCCACCCUCUGCCUUCCCAAUCACCCCCUCCAGUCCACUCUACACCAACACCGACAGCCUGACCGUCCACGCCCCCAUCAAGAGGAAGCGUGGACGUCCCAAGAAGCAGCCACUCCUGACCGUCGAGACGAUUCACGAGGGCACGUCCACCUCACCUCCAAGCCCGCUGGCGAAGGAGUCAAACCCGGGGAUAAGCCGCAGGAGAAAGAUGCACACCCUGAACCCACUGGUGCACGCAGCGUCCUCAUCUCCCAGCGACGGUUUCAACAGUCUGAAGGUAAAACGAGGCAGAGGUCAUCCCAGGGCGGUGAUCAAGACCAAGCUUGGGAAAAUGCAGAGCAUCCUGAACGAGAUCCUCUCUGGAUCCAGUCAGAACGGCUCCCUGGCUCUGAAGUCGGCGUCUGCUCCGGUUACCUCAGCUAUGAGCGCCAUGGCGACGACCAUCGAAGCUCGAUUGGGUAAGCAGAUUAAUGUCAGCAAGAGAGGAACCAUCUACAUCGGUAAGAAGCGAGGGCGUAAGCCCAGAGCGGAAACCCAAGGCUCUGUCACCCUCAAAGCUAGCAGGGACAAGCCCCAGAUGUCUCUGUCCAUGUCCAGUUUUUACGACAGCCCUGCAGUGCCUUCCACCAACUCGUCUCCCAGCUCAUGCGCUCUGUCGCUGAGAGCCAGCAACACAGACGCCACCAUGCCAAGUUUGCAGCCUAUCUCAGCCCUGCCCACCAAACCGUCAGGAAGAGGAUUUCUCUCUGGCGGCUGGAAACUUUCUCCCCCUCGCCUCCUGGCUAACUCACCCUCCCACCUGUCAGAGGGGGCGUCGGUGAAGGAGGUGACUCUGUCCCCCAUCAGCGAGUCCCACAGCGAGGAGACUAUCCCCAGUGACAGCGGGAUUGGGACAGACAACAACAGCACCUCUGAUCAAACCGAAAAGGGUCCUGCCUCUCGCCGCAGGUACUCGUUUGAUCUUUGCGGGUUCGAGUCCCCAGAGGCUGCCGCUCUGGACACCUCCACCAGGGGGAGCAGACCGCGCUGUGAACGAAAGGUUACUGCCGUGGACAGCUAUCUGUCACAGCAGGAAAAGAAGCAGAAACAUCACCGGAGGAAGAGGAAAUGCAUGCAGACUCGGGACCAUCUUCACUUUCUCUCUGAACUGGAAGAGGUUGUGUUAAAGUUCCAGCAGCUGCGGGUUUCUCACAGGCUGUACACCUGCUACCCUCAGCAUCCGUACCCGUCUAUCUUCCGGCUGAAUUUUCACCAUUACUACCCGCUCAGCUACGACUCUUAUGCCUGCGACUCCGGCUCGUACCUGCGCAGGAGUGCAGAUCUGAAGGCCAAACGGAGGCGUGGUCGUCCGGCCAAAGCCGGCGAACCGAUCACAUCCAAGCUGCCGUUUGUCCCUGGAUAUGGCUAUGCGCUAGGAGGGGGGAAUUACUAUGCAGCGCCAUAUGCGAUGCCUUAUGCACCUCCUCUGAAUCUAGGCUACUUCCCCCCGACGCCACCGUUUUACCUGCCCCAUCACUCGCUUGGCCCUGCACCCCCAUCUCCUUUCAUGAGGCCCGCUGUCCCACCACCAAAGGCCUUCCUCUCGAGUGGGCACCCCAAACUGCAGGUGGGGGCGAAGAUCCGCAGUGCCAGUGGCCCACUGCAGGGCCCCACUGUGAGAUCGGAGGCUCUGGGCUCCCUGAGCGCCGGCAGUGCAGGCGGUAUGGCCGGGGUCCGCCUUCAUAAGAGAAAGCACAAACACAAGCACAAGCACAAGGACGAGCCUCUCCUUUCCCCGCGGGACCGCCAGGAGUUGGGCGGACUUUUCAGCGGCGCCAAGACCAACGUGCGGCUCGGCAUGCUGAGCGAGAGGAGGGACUUGGCUGGUCAGGGUUCCUCAAAGCAUCUGGAGAAGCAGAGGGGUAACGCGAGGGGCCCCAACCUGGGAUCCGGCCUGGGGAUUUUCGAGUUGGACCAGCUGUCCGGCCACGCGCUCGCCGACGGCCAGUUCCACUCCCGUCAGACUGCACAGCCUGCGAAGGGCUUCAUGAGCAGCUACAGCAGCCAAUCGCAGCGGUCGGAGGCGGCCUCUGACCUUUUCUCGGGGUUACGGGAGGAUGAUUGUGCCGGGAGGAGCAGAAGGACUAGGCUCGCUGUCUUCGGAGAUCAGGGCUUAAUGUCAUUCCAAACUGCCAGGCAGGAGCCGGAGCAGAUGAACGAGCACUCUAGUCCAGCUCUCACUGGUGUCCCCGCUAAGAGGAGGUAUAAACGCAGUGAGGUGGAACAGAUCCAGAAGGACGUCAGGAGGAUGCAUUCUUUGAACUUUGAUCAUGUGCAGAAGAUCCUGCGUGCCAAGCGUCUGCAGCGACAAGCCAAAACAGGAAAUAAUGUCAUCAAGCGGCGGCCCGGGCGGCCUCGAAAGCAGCCCCUGGAGGAGUCGCAGUCGGCCAGCAUGAGGGAGGAAGUCUGGGCCGACGCUCGAGGUCUGGAUGUUCCGGCCAGCAGGAAAGGCGACGGCAGGACUUUGGGGAUGCCCGUCCUGGAGAGGUGCGACAACCUGCCGGGUCGGCACAGCCUCAGGCCGAGCCUGGCCCUGGAGUCUCAGGAGCUCCCCGCUCAUGACUCCAUCGCAGCGACUAUCGAGACGGUGGUGCACCAGGCACGAUGCGUCCCUCCUCCCGGGAAUAAAGAGGGCAAACGCAGAGGCAGGGGCCACAGCAGGGAUCAACUGUGGGCCCCUGGCGGUCAGUAGAUGCCCUGAACUGAAGGUAGAGCAGCUAACAGAAUCAGAACUGCUUCAGGCCUAACAGAUGCAGUGCCCUUAAAGCGGGAACUCUUUGAUGCACUUUGACUUGUAUCUCCUCCUCCGGCCGGUGGAGAGGAGCCCAGGCGGCGGAGCGGUAACGGAGGAACGACAGCCUCCUUCUGACUACAGAAACCCCGACCAGACACGGGCUUUUCAAACGUCCUCCGGACCUGCUCUCACAUCGGCACUCUACGGUACUCUACGAUACUGAAUCUGACGCUAUAAAAGUGUGUGGUACUUAUGAUAGAGUAGGAUUUCAUGUGAUUCUUUAUGUAUCUGAUACAGUGACGUGUAUGGUACUUUACGAUACAGUAUCUGAAUGUGGCUUUAGCCAUAUAUUUACCAGCAAAGGGGAAGUGGGUGGGGGUGGUUCAUAUAAAACUGUGCAGCUCUGCUUAUUUUAUGCCUUUUUGUGGAAGCUUGUGAGACAUGCAGGAUAAUACAUCAGUAAUUUACCCUCCCUAACCUGUCUGAGAUAUUUUUUUCCCCUUAUCAUUUUCUAAGGUUUCUCGCCCACUUUUCGAAGAAAUUCACACUUCCUGGCAGCUCAUCAUCUUCCCCGUUUAACCCCCAAUUCUCCUCAGAUUUGCUCCUAUUGAUGUUUUCAAUCUGCAGUCCUUGAGCUUCCUUGUUUCAGUCUGUCUGUCAUGCAUUUCUCCCGUCUCGCUUAGGCCUCUCCUGGGCAGGGAAUCAAAGGCAAUACGGUGGAUAAAACUUGUCCCCCGACUGUACAUAGAACUAAAAGUCCACUGUUGCCUGCCUUGUACAAUGGGAAAAAAACCAGCUCAUAAAUGUGUACUGGCUUCCAGUAUAAUAAAUAGAAUUGUAGAUAAUGAAAGUGUGUAUUGUUUUAUAACCAAAAACAGACAUGGGUGUGACUCAAGACAAGUAUGUUUUCAGACAGAAGAAUACCACAUAUAUUCAUUCAUAUGCUCAUUAUUGUGUUUGUAUCCAGGGGUUGGGGCGGGGAGGGAGUGCUGGGUAAAAGAGGAAUGUCGGAUGUGUUUUUUGCUGAACCUUUAGAGUUUGUUAAAUGCACUAUGAAGAACCGUUCACUUGCAUCAAUCAAAAUGCAGCACUUACAUGCUUGUUCUAGCCUUAUGUGUUCUUUGCAUCCGCUGGGUUGGGCGUCCGGUCCAGAGAGCAUGCGUUAUUUUUUUAAUCAAUUUAUAUAUGCAGGCCGCGCAGCCAAAAAGCAUUUUAAAAUAAAAACGACAAAAAACAAAACAAGUGAAGCCUGAGUGUAAGUCACAAUUGGACAGUCCAAUUAACAGCCCCAUCCUCGCUUUUUAUGUUUCUACUUAAGCUGAUUUCAGUGAAGCAAAUCCAGUGUUUUGACUUUGAAACCAAAGUCUCAGAACUCCAUAAGGAUGUAGUAUUUGAAAGUAUUAAAGUUUGGCAAACUCUCCACAUUGGCAGCAAUGUAAAGCAUUCCUAUGUGCACUGUAGAAUGUAGCCAUGUUGGAUCUCGGUGUUAAUGAGCCUUUUGUUUCACUCCUUUUUCUUCUUUUUUUAAUCAGUAUAUGGGACUUUGGAUCGCGGUUGGAAUUUUCCCAGACAUAAACAAAAGUUCAGUGUUUCUUUGGGAAUGUUUUCAGAUAGAUGGAUUUUUUUUUUUGUUGGAUUUUUUUUUUUGGGUCGGGUGAUAUUCUCAGUUGCAGCAGCUCAACUUGUGCCUUAUGUUUCCUUUCUAUCACGGAUUGCAUUUGACUGAAGGAACAGAAAGUGGCAAGGAGUGCCCUCCCGAGAGUGACCCAAGCAUGUUCACGAUUGUGCAUAUCGACCCUCGUGUCUUACGUCAUCAGAACCCUGACGCUGCCUGUGUCCCCUCACAUCUCUCUGUUUCUGGACGUUCUUCUCAUUUUCUGAUCGUUUCAUCCUGACAGAGCUGGAAGGGUGGGACUCGCUGUAUUUAAUGCGCAUCAUGUUCUGACCUAGAAACCGCCGCGCAGCGGUGGCAGAAGAAGAUAAAACCCUCCGAGUCAGAUCUGCUUCUGACCGGAGAUAUCGAUUCUUCUCGCUGUCUUUGAUGUGAAAUUGAACAUCACUUGCUCCCAACAAGUAAAAUAUCUGACAAAUGGAGGAACAGAAGCAGCUGUCAGGAGAAAAUAAAAAACACGUUUGCGUAUAUUGUUUGCUAUGCAUCUGGCCAUUUACACUGGCAAUGACCUUAAAUGAAAUUCAUGCUCCGGGUCCACUUUGCGACAAAGAGAAACAAGUGGUCUUAUUUGCUGAAUAAAGUGAGUUCAUGUAAGGAGAAUUGUGAAUAAUACCAGUAAUAAUUUGUAAUAAUGACAAAGUUGUGCAGAAAGUGACUAUCAUUUCAAGAAAAUUAUACUUACUGCCUCUCUAUGCAGUACAGCCUUAAAACUACAGUAUUGACGUGUUUGUUGUAAAUAGUGUUUUUGUGUCCAUCGCGCAUGGAUACCAACCACAGACCGCCCCCAUUAGCCUGCCAGAGCGCCAUCUGUCUCCACCAACACACAAAUAAAGUACCUUUGUAUCAGGCAUGGGUCGGUUUCCGAGCUUCUAAGAAAUUACAGCUUCAAAAAGCAGCUGAAGGUUUUCCCUCGUCUACAUUGUUAAAUUCACAGAAGACGGUUUCAUCACUUUUGCUCACAAGAAAAGUUAAAUCAGCAAACAGCCAUGUAGUGGAAAGGAGCACGACCCAGCACUCUUGUUAAUAUGAUAAUGAUUUUAAAUCACAGUGAGCAAGCUACAAUAAGCCCAUCAUACCACUUGUUUUUGUCUAAGCUAUGUAUCAAAUUGAAAGUAGUAAGUACUUGCUAUAAAAUCCAAUAUUAAUGUUAUUUUAAAUGUAAUAAUAUAUUAUUUUAACUGCUUCUUUGGUCUGAUUUAAAGCAAUUAGGCUAUGGUGUUAUAAUUUACAUAUUUUGUUAUUAGCCUGAUAUUUUUACUGACGUAUCAUCAGAAUCUCGUACCGACCCAUGCCUAUUUGGUACAGUCAUUAUUCCAGCUCAUUAAUUUACAAAGAAUUCUAAAAUAAUCUUCCUUGCUUCCUUGCGAAAGCUCUUACAGGCCCGACUGCAGUACACUGGACCAAAAAUAGGGAUCUCGGCUAACUUUUGGCUCCUUCCGCCUGCAGCUUGAAGGUGCGUUGCUGUAGCGUGAAGAAGGGUUGUGUGUUGGGGGAGUUCUCAAAGGAAAACACCAAAAAUACUCUCAACCUAAUGUCAUCAUGCUUAACCUUGCUUUGGUAGAGGACUUUCUGUGGGUCUGUGGUGGAGGUUAGCUGUGUACCGACGCCUCCGUGCUGCGGUGGGGUGGUGGUCUCUGAUGGUGGCGUUAAAGGCCCCGGGUAAUGUCUGUGCUGUCUUGUCUGUUUCGUCUCUUCCUCUACCAGCCGAUGCUCCGGUGCCUUUUAACACUGACAAGUAUUGUCCUAACCCAGAGCUUUCAGUCGACACGGAGACUUCAGAGGGGAUGAAGUUGUGAGUGGGAUUCAUGCUCUCCUGUUCGCAGCCCGUCUGGCUCAGUUGGUCAAACUUUUCACGUUUUGCUGCUUUAUAGCCGUAAACGUCAGUGGAUGUUGUUGUAGACUAAUGUUGGUGAGAUAAAAGGAAAACGAUACAUGGUUAUCUUUUCUUUUUCUUUUACAAAAACAAAAAUCUGGACAUUGUGGUUUUCAUUUGCAUUCAGCCCCUGUUAGUCAAUAUUUUGAAGAGCCACCUUGUGCUGCAGGUCUAUACAGCUCAGCUCGUUUAUAGGUCUGGACUUUGACUAGGCCAUUCUACUACAAGAAUAUGCUUGAAUCUACCUUUCACUCUGUGUUUAGUCUUUGUCCUGCUGGAAUUGAACCUUUACCAUGUUUCCUGUCUCUGCUAAAGUAAAACGUCCCCACAUCAUGAUGCUACCACCACCGUAUCUCACCAUUAUGAAGAUACCCGUUGAUAAACGCUUCUUUGUUAACUGUAUUCCUGCAGCUCCUCAAGUGUUACCAAAGGACUCUCAGCUGCUCCCCUGUUAGUGCUCUCCUUGGCCAGCCUGUCUGUUUAGAUAGACGGUCAUGUCUUGGUAGGUUUUAGUCUUUCCAUUUCCAUAUGAUGAAUUAAAUGGAAUUGGUCUUCAUGAUGUUUGUUCACCAGUGUUUUCUAACAAACAUCUGAGGCCUUUACAGAAAGUUUGGCUUCACACUGACGAUAAGUGAAAUCCUUUUGCUCAGCAAUUUGCUUCUAAAGGCUGUUGGGGUCAUCUGAUUUUAUUUAAGAGUAUCAAAUUUGAGGCGUGCUGCACUGUCAGGGUUUUUAUUUGGAAACUAUUUUGAAAACCAUGUAUCAUUUUCCUUCUGCUUCACGAAUAAGAGCUGCUUUAUGUAGCUCUGUCGCAUGAAAUCUCCAUAAAAUCGCAGUUUUAACAGGAUAAAAUGUGAAAGGGUAUGUAUAGUUUUGUAAGGCACUGAAAUCAAGCUUGUAAGCAGCGUUUGAGCUUAUAGUAAUAUUGCAUUAAAUGUACAAUUAGUCCACAGGGACAUCAUGUAGGACGAGACAAACUGGCAACUACGUUCUGGUCUUGUUCCCCUGAUCGCAUGCAGUGAUGGUUGUCUUACACCUGGAGAGAGGGAGGGCAGGGAGGGGGGGUCAUAUCAUGGAGUCAUAAAAGUUGUCAUCCUUCCAGCAUCUGUUUCCCAUUCGAAGCUAUAACGUUGUUCCGAACUGAGAGUGCAGACGAGGCACUGAGAAAACCAAUAAACGUACUUCUGUAGAGCACAAAGUGAGCUCUUCUAACAGCGUGGGCAUAUUUUAAUUUGUAUACGUUGUGUAUUUGAACCUUUUUCUAGAGUGGCUCUCCUUUAUUUGCAUGCUCAAUUUUGAUUGUAUGCAUAAAUAUUUUAGACAAGUUGAAUUUCAAUUGAAUUUGAACCAAGACUUGUACAUUGUUUGAUAUGUUUCUUUUUGUAAUGGAUUUUUUAAUUCAUGAGGCAUUUUUGUACAUUGUAUGAAUAUUAAAAACUGCAAAUAUUUGACAUAUAGAGUAAAUACUAGAUGCACAUGCAUAUGCAUAUAUUCCUCACAGUAUGUAUGUGUAAGCAUACACAUAUAUUUUGUAUUUGCAUUUGCCAGCAUACAGAUAUAUGUCUUAAGCACAUAUAUACCUGUAUUAUAUAUGUAUAUCCAUGUCUGCUGGCAUGCUUUUGGUCAUGUUUCUCUUUCAUGAUCUUGUAGGUUCUUUUUUUAUUUUAUUUCCUCUUUCCUUAAAAAGAAAUGCUCAUUCUUUGCUACCCUUCUGUUGGCUGGCAGCCUUGAGCACUUAUUAAGAAGAACUACAGUUGAAGUUGUUCAUGUUAUCCAUUGUGUGAAAUAAUAAAUGACUUUAUUGACAGCU